AUGACUAAGCAAAAGUUUGGUUUGACAGUCAGGAAGGAGCAGGACUUUUCAGAGUGGUAUGUCCAGGUAAUAACAAAGGGAGAGAUGCUUGACUACUACGAAAUAAAAGGAUGUUAUGUGAUGCGCCCAACAAGCCAAUUUAUCUGGAAAUGCAUCCAAAGAUGGUUUACUGAAAAGAUUGAGUGCCUUGGUGUUCAGGAAUGCUAUUUUCCAAUGCUUAUUCCAAAGUCAAUGCUUGAGAAGGAAAAGGAUCAUAUAAAAAACUUUUCACCUGAGGUUGCAUGGAUAACAAAGUGUGGAGACGAAGUACUGGAGGACCCUGUUGCAAUUCGUCCUACGUCUGAGACUAUCAUGUAUCCAUCAUUUUCGAAGUGGAUCAAGAGCCACAGAGACCUGCCGCUCAAGGUGAACCAAUGGUGCAGUGUAUUGCGAUGGGAGUUACAUGGAACACUCCCAUUCAUAAGGGGAAAGGAAUUUCUGUGGCAAGAGGGACAUACUGUAUUUCUGAGUAAAGAGGAGUCUGAUGAGGAGGUUGGAACGAUCUUGGACCUGUACUCCAGAAUAUACUCAGAGCUCCUUGCAGUACCUGUGAUAAAAGGAAGGAAGUCUGAGAAUGAGAAGUUUGGUGGUGCAGCAUACACAACGUCAAUUGAAGCAUUUAUACCAGGAUCUGGACGUGGCGUUCAGGCUGCAACAUCGCACUCUCUAGGCCAGAACUUUUCGAAGAUGUUUAACAUCAAGGUUGAUGCAGAUGAUGGUCAAGGCGAUGGGCAUGUAUAUGUGUACCAAAACUCAUGGGGAAUAACAACACGAUCGAUUGGAAUAUCAGUGAUGAUACAUUCGGAUGAUAUAGGUCUUGUUCUUCCACCAAGGGUUGCAAUGAUACAAGUUGUGAUUGUGCCAUGUGGAAUAACAGCAUCUACACCUGAAUCAGAUGGAAAGAUGCUUGAUGAGUAUGUUGAAAAGUUGCACAGUCAACUGAAGGAUGCAGGUAUUCGAGUACAUGUUGAUAGCAGAAGCAAUAUAACUGUUGGAUUCAAGUUUAACCACUGGGAAAUACGAGGAGUGCCAUUGAGGCUGGAAGUUGGCCCAAAAGACAUGCAGAAGAAUGAGGUAUGUGUUGUAAGAAGAGAUACUCGUAAUAAGAAGCAAGUGAGUGCACACAGAAUAUCUGAAGUAGUGGCUGAUGAAAUUGAGAUCAUGCAUUCAGAAAUGCUUGCAAAAGCCACUGCAGAGCGAGACAGUAGGAUUUCACAGGUGUACAAUUUUGAUGAGUUCUUGAGUGCUCUUGACAGCAAGAAUAUUGUAGUGGCGCCCUGGUGCUGUGAUGGAGAUUGUGAAAUGGAGAUCAAAUCGAAGAGCACUAAAGUCGAUAGUAAUGGGAAUGUGGUAGCAACUGGAGCAAAGACACUGUGUAUUCCAUAUGAAGCAGAAGCAUGUGAUGGGAUGAAAUGUGUAUAUUGCAAUAAGCAAGCCAUGAAGCGUACCUUGUUUGGAAGAAGCUAUUGA